AAAGCGAGUUAUCUGUCCUCCCAAUUAAUUCAAAAAAAUUGAAAAAAAGGAAAAUCCGAAGAGGCUCCUUUGCUUCUCUGUAUCCGCUCUCUUCCAACUCGGUCUUCGUCUUCUCCAUUAUCAACCUUCACUUCUUUUUUCCACUACCACUAGAGGACACUCCGGCCGCGUCGUCCUGUCUCCGGUUAAGCAAGUCAGAAUCAAUGCCAAAUUAAUAUGACGCCGUUUGAUGUCACAGAGAGGUAUUAGCUGUACUCUGCGCUGCCCAUUUUCCUCUCUUCAAUACUACUCUUCUCGAAAAGACACUGUUUGGUUUUGGAUUUAUUUGAAGGGAGGGUGGGGGGGAAAAAGAGACUGUUUAUAGCCAACCAUGCAAAUCUGGAGGGAACCCAUAACCAAAACCUAGCCGGAUUAAUCCUCUUAGUUGGUUCCUUUCUCGCCGUUCAAAAUGCAAGCCAAAAUGGUACCAGAGGAUCUGUGUCUUGAGACCUUACCCUUAACCCUUUGCUCUAAAAAGAACCAAACAGAAACGCAUGAAGUUUCCUGUAUGAUGAAAUCUGAUAUGGUAUUAUCUCGAACGUCGUCGUUGUCGUCGUCGUCUUCUUCCGCUCUUGGUGAUUACAUUGGGAUGGAGAGUUGCUGUGAUCUCGAGGAGAGUGAGGAAUCGUCGCUCUACUUAUCUGAGACUUGCAGUAGUGAACGGCGAGGGGAGCGAGAUCAUCGAUGUCAACAACAGUGUACGGCGAUGAAGAGGGAGUUUCCGCCACCGAUUCCGUUGCUUGCUCGCACGGGGAAUCUGUCUUCUCAUAUGCCUUGGGUGUUGAAGAGGUACUACACUAGCGACGGACGGCUGAUCCUUUGGGAAGAGAAGGUGAAGCAUCAUGAGUAUUUCCUGGCACACAGAUCAAAUGGUCGUUUAACUUUGCAGCUUGUGUCCCUUGACGACGAUAUUUUGGCUCUUUCUUACCCCGAUGAUGAGGAUGCGGAUGAAGAAACCAAAACGGAGGUCGAGACUGAAGAAAAUGGUGAGAUUUACAUUGAGAACGUUGAAAUUAAACGUAAAGAGGAAGAACCAAUGCAUGAAGAGUCAACUGAUAUCAUCAUACACAACGAACAAGAAGCGGUAAAGUCAGUGGGAGACAAAGGCAGUACUUGGAUUGGUACAAACGAUGGGCGCAAGUGCUUCUUACAUAAAGAUCAUGAAGCUUUCCUUGAAGCACCCAUGAUGAAGAAUGAGAAUUCAACCGCAGAUGACUUAAAGGUAGACAGCGGCAGUGGCAGUGCUGGGUUGGGUGCAAACGGUGGCAAAUGCUUGACCUACAGUAAAUUUACUGCAAAGUCAUCAUGUUUUCUGGGCAUGCCUGUACCAGCAAUUAGGCCUGUUCAUACCUAGUUUAAUUAGCACAAAUUAGCACAAUGUCUUCAUUAAUGGAGGAGACGUCGAUGAGGUGUGGAUAUCUGUAGGAGGUUGAGGGAUGAGGACCAGAUCAAUAAGUGGUGAAAUUUUUUUUCCUUCUUUUUCAAUUUCCUCAAUUGAUUUCCUUAAUUCUGCAAUUUGCAUUACAUCUUGGGUUGAUUUGAAAGCAUGAUGUUUAGUAGUCGUCUCGUAGUGCCAUUUUUAGGGUUGGGAAAGUUAAUUAAGGGUUUUGCGGAGAGAUUAAGGUUUCGGGUUUUCUGUUCAUAAAUUCAUAUAUACUUUAGCCUUUAGGGAUGUUGCAUUUUGAAGCAACGAGUUCUUUUCUCCUUUUUCUACUUUCUUGGGUUUAUUGUAGUUUUCCUAGUCCAUUUUGAAGAAUAUUGCAUGCCAGAUGCCCUUCAUCAUCAUGUAUUUAUACUCUUUUGUUUUUGUAUUCUGUCUUUUCAGUACCAUCAGAAUUAAAAAAAAAAAAAAAUU